AUUCAGAUGGGUACAAAUCAGAUUUUUUCAAGCUCUAUAUACGGAUAAGAAAUUGCCCUAUGCCAAAAUCAUAGUGCAAGCAUAAUAAAAAAAACCACCCACUCUCUCUACUAUACUCUCAAUGACUCUCAUAUCAAAUCUUGUUUUUCUAGCUUCCAUUUUCCUUUUCAACAUUACAAACCUUCCUUUCCUCACCAACGCUAUUUCUUCAUGCAACGGAGGAUGCAACGAUCUCAACGACUGUUAUGGUCAACUCAUUUGCAUCAACGGAAAAUGUAACGAUGACCCAGAUAUUGGGACCCACAUCUGCAGUGGAAGAAAAACCAUUAAUCCACCACUGGCUGGUGGUAACUGCCAAUCCUCCGGCAACCUUCAAUGCGACGGCCAAUCACACCCUCAAUACCAGUGCUCUCCACGAGUUUCAUCCUCCACACAAGCAUUACUCACGUGGAAUGAUUUCAGUGAAGGAGGAAGUGGAGGAGGUCCGUCGGAGUGCUACGGAAAAUACCAGAACAAUAACGAAAAUAUUGUGGCGUUGUCUACUGGGUGGUAUAAAGGAGGUUCAAGAUGUGGGCAAAUGGUUAGAAUCACAGCGAGGAAUGGGAGGAGUGUGACGGCGAAGGUGGUGGAUGAAUGUGAUUCAGUGAAUGGUUGUGAUGAGGAGCAUGCAUGGCAGCCACCUUGUCGUAACAAUAUUGUGGAUGGAUCUGUAGCUGUGUGGAAUGCAUUAGGGUUAAAUACUGAUGAUGGUGUGGUACCAGUUACAUGGUCUAUAGCUUGAAUGAAAAUGAAUGAACGUGUACUAAAGUAUAUGCAACAUGUAAUUGGUAAUAAGAACAAGCUUAAUUUGCAUAAGGUUAAAUUAAGCUUGCUAGUGUUGUUUCUCUAUGUAUUUUGGUGUUCCUUUCGUGCAAUAUAGAUGAUGAAUGGUGUGAGAA